CCGGUGGAGACUGCGGGACCGCAGGCGCUACAAAAGCACAAGCCCGCCCGGGGCAGCGAGCUCCUGGGUGCGCGGGAGCCCGAGUCGGAGCGCGAGCCAGAGUCCCAGGGCCAGGGCCCAGCGGGAGGCGGGGAGGGCGGGGGGCCUGCGGGCUGCGGCUUGAGGUAGUAGGACUCAGGGAAGGAGGGUGGGGGCUCCAAACUGGAGGAAGGGGCUCCUGGGCAGUCCAGAGGUUAGGCAGGGGUUCUGGGGGCUGGGUUCAGAACGAGAGGUUCAGGGGCUCCAGCAACUGCAGGGGCAAGGGCUCAGGAAGGGGUGAUAGAGGAGCUCGCCUGGGGCUCGGAGAGCGGGGGUUCAGGGGAGAGUACUCCAGAGAUCUCGAGGGAAGUGGAUCUGGGUAAGGGGGCUCACCGGGAGAGGGGCCGGAGCAGGGGAUUCAAGGGGUGGGAAGGGGGGUACCGGGGAGCUCUGCUGGGCUCGUGUCUCCUCGGGACAUUCUUCGCCACCGAUUUGGGCUUGCUCUUUUGGAGAUCAAACUCGGGCCCACACUCUCCAAGUGAUUCUGCCGGCGCCGGACCGAAGCAGGCGGGCAGUAAGACAGAGAGGGAGCAGCAGCAUCAGUGCCAAGCCCCCAGCUUGCGGGCCUGGGGGCGGCGGGGAUGGGGAUGGGGCCCCCGGACCGGGGGGCGCGCUGGCUUCGGCUCUGGCUGUGCGUCGGGACACUGAUCUCCUGCGCACAGGCGAAGGGGACCUACUUUCCCCGGCCCGGCCCGCCUAGCCGCGGCCGCUACAACCUGUACACGACGGGAUCCAGCCCGCGGCUCCGUGAGGGGCAGCACAACAUGCUCUGUGCUUAUGUGGUCCAGAAGAACGUGACGUGCAUUUUGCAGGAUGGAGCUGAGAGCUACAUCAAGGCAGAGUAUCACAAGUGCAGCUGGGGUCCCAAAUGCCCAGGAACUGUGGUGUACCGCACACUCCUUAGACCCAGAUACAAGAUCGGCUACAAGACCAUCACGGAGUUGGCCUGGCGUUGCUGCCAGGGCCUGACAGGAGAAGGCUGCUCUGAUCCUCUCACUGACUCGGGAACAUUUCUCCCUCAGCCAGGCCCCCAGACUCCUUCCGGGCAGAAGCCAUUUCUAGGCCCCAGAGUGCCUCCUUAUGCCAGACUGCCCACCAGCCCCUUCCCAGGAACCAAGAGCCAUCCCUAUGGUAAGAAAGGCCCGGGGCUGUUUGGUGAAAGGCUAGCUCGGCUGGAGAGUGAUGUCCAGCGCCUCACUCAGUCUUAUGGUACCCUCAGUGGACUUGUGGCUGGGCUAGGAGACCACCUUCAGCUGACUAUUCACGAGGACAGCAGCAGGAUGACUGGGGCCCUGGGGAAUCCCCCCACUGCCCCAGAUGCUCCUGUGGGCUUUGGAAUAAUCCCUGGAGGAGUCGUAGAUCCUGCAGACAAAGCAGGGGGUCCAUUUCCAACACUAGGAGAGAUCCUGACCAAAGUAACUGAGGUGAGUGAUGUGCUCAAGACCAAAACCAGCCUGCUAGAUGAGGUUCACAGCCUAGUCCUGGGUCAUGAUACUCAAAUAAAACACCUGCUGGAGGGGACCCGGCCAUCUCCGCUCACCUCCCUGACUCUGCUGGAAGAAUAUAUUGACCAGAGACUGAGUCACCUCUGGGGUGACCUGUUGGAUGGUUUUGAGAAGAAACUACUGGACCUGCAGGCCACGUGCGACUUCCGAAUCAAGGAGCUGCAGCAGCAGUGUGAGGAGGAGAAAGCCACGAGCCUCAGGCUGCAGCAGAGCCUGGAUGGCAAAGAGCUGGAAAUUAAAAAAGAGCUGUCCCUGCUGGAGACUCAGAUCCAGGGGCUGACCAUGGCAGAAGACUGCUGUAGCCACUUGACCUUUGUCACUGAGAGGAUGGACAUCCUUGAGAAGGGUCUGCACACCCUCGCUGAAGGCCAGAGGAGUCAGGCCCCACAGUUAGAUGGGGAGAUUAGCCCAAUCUCCACCACCCUCCUGGACAACUUUAUUGACCAGCGAUUGGAAGACCUGGAGGCCAGGCUUAAUGCUACUGAGGGAGGGGCAGGUGACUGUUGCCAAGACCUAGAAGAAGGCAUGAAGGGGUUAGUGGGAUCUGAGCUAGAUGGCAUCAGAACCACAGUGGAGGACAGAAUGCAGACCAUAGAGGAUCGGUUCAUGACCAUUGUCGGUGAGCUGGGAAACAUCAGUACUCUGAGAUCUACGGAAGGGGUGAACCUGCCACUGGUGGAGAUGGAGUUGGCCAACACUGGGCAACAGACCAUCCGGGAGCUAGCCGUGGUAGAGAGCAGGCUCACCUCCCUGGAGAGCUUAUGUUCUACUGGCUCCACUUCCAAAGACUUAGAAACCCUGACCACAGAAGUGAAAGACUGUCAGAGCAAGAGCAGAGCCCUGCUGCUCCAGGUGGACAGCAAUGCUGACCUCCUUCAGAAGCUCAAUGCCACCGUCUCAGAAAUCCAGAGACAGCUGGAGAAAGCAGCAACCAGCUCUCUACAAGGAGAAAUCACUCUGCUCAAGAUCAACCUUAACACCGUUAGCAAAUCCCUCACUGGCCUCAAAGACUCCGUCAGCCAGUACUCGGACACCGUCUCGUAUGUCAACUCAUCCCUGGAUGAACGGGAGAAGAGAGUGGAGGAUGAGGUCCACUCGAUCCAAGCCAGAGUCAGUGAUCAGGGAUCUAAACUCUUGGUGAGUAACAAGCAGGUCACAAACCUCAAAGGGGACCUGGAGAGGUUCAAAGCCAGGGUCACCAGUGACCUGAGCAGUUGCCAAGAUGCGGCGAGGAACGUGCAACAGGAGGUGGGCCACUUCGAGCAGCAGGUAGCCCAGGUAGAAAGCACAUGUGGCAAGCUUGGCCUUAUUGCGGGAGGCCUGGACAGCCUUCAGGAUGAAGUCCUGAGACGGGUAGGGGGGUUGUGGGGUCACAUGGACCAACUGAACAGAACCCUAGCUGCCCAUUCCCAGGAGAUCACCAGCCUUCGGGAUGGCCUCAUGGACUGCCAAGCCAAAGUGGCUGAAUUGUCAGAGCACAUUGGGCCUCUGCCAGUGCCUGGAGAGCAGCAGGAGAAUUAGCCAAGCUGGUACAGGGUCAAACUCAGCUCAAGCCCUUCGAGGCUCUCCUUUCUGCUGCUACAAGUCACCUCCCUUCCCCCCAAUCACAACGAAAAAAACAUUUUGGGGAACUUCCAGGAUAUUUCUCAUCACAUGGCUCUUGAAGCCAUCUAAUUGCCAAAAUACAUGCACUGGCCAUUCUCAGUGCAACUCGAAACUAGAAAAUCCAGGAGUGCCAUGGAUGUUGGUUGUUAUGACUUGCAGAAAGGAGAUUGGACUCGGUAGCCUCUUUAAGGCUUUUUCAUUCACACCCAAAUUAUUGAUCAGGCCCACAGGAUUCUAGCCACCAAGCAAGCCCUAGACAUGCAUGUCCAUUUGGGCAAUGUCUGUGUUAGGAGGUUCUGUCUCCAUCACCAGGAGCAGCUAGCUUCCUCAAAGACUUCCAUUCUCCUUUGCUCCAUGGAAACCAGAUUCUUUCCUCUGUUCCCAUUCUCAUCCCACCUGGGCCUCUCCUUCAGGCCCUGCUCAGACUUUGUUCUCAGCAGGAUCUCCAUGCCGGGCUCAUCCUCCUGGGACUCUUCCCUCCCUCCCCCCCAUACAUGGCAGCUUUGCAUUUCUAUGAGGAGCCUCUGUUUCUAGGUCUGACAACACAAAGUGCUCAGGCUGACAAAACCUGAGGGGGAUUCAACCUGGAGGUGGUUGAGUUUUUGCCUGGAGAUCUCCCCUUCCUCUAAAAGGACAUUAUAGGCAUCUAUUUUUUCUCCAGGGGAAGGAAAGCAAGCCUUCAAAGAAAAGAACAAAGAUAGCAUUCAACAAUGGAAGUUCCUAAAGAUACAGGAGUUUGUGAGACUGGCUUUUUUCCUCUCAUAUCCAUUGCCAUCCCAUCCAGGAAAGCACCUUCCACUAGGCAUGGGCCCUUGGGAAGUUGGGUCCUUGGCUGAUCCUGUGGUGUCAUGAAAGGAAUUGAAUAUUUGGAGACAGAACAUGGAUUGAAAUCCCAGCUUGACUAUUUAGAACUAUGUGAUUUUGGACAAGUCAAGAUCUUUAGGCCUCCGUUUCCUCAUCUGUAAAAUGAAAGGGGCUGGAGAUGAUCUUGAAGACCUCCAUCUAGCUCUAAGUGCUAUGAUCCUGUCUUGCCCUUUGUUUCCAUUCAUAAGAGAGAAAUUGCUAUGGAAGCAGGGAUUUUUCUCAAAUAGGGGAAAUCUCAGCAAAGUAGAGCUACUCUUAGGUUGGUAAUAGCCAGGGUGAAAUCAUGCAGAUCCUGACAUCUUCCAUCCCCCGCCCCAAGCCCCUCAGAAGGCCUACUUGGUGGGAAAUCCAGGCACAAAGCCACCUCUAAGCUGAUGAGCAGCAGCUUGGAAUCCAUGGUGCUAAUCUGGCCUCUUUGAAGGCCAUUCAUUUAGAAGGUUCCUUGCCUGGCUCCACUUGCUCAGGGACAAGGUGAAUGGACCUAGAACUUUGACUUUCUCCAGAAAGGAAAGGGAGGCCUUUUCAGGAUGGAGCUGGUGUGCUGGGAAAGGGGGGACCUGACCCAGCACACAGUGGGUCCCAUUAGAGUGGCCAUGGGCCUUUUUCCAGGGAAGAAAUGACUCUCAACACCCCCCUACCCCUUCUAUGUAGAAGAUCCCAUCGGGGCUCCCUCCAUUUCUUUUGAUAUUAUGUGCUUCAUUUGGAUUUGGAACUUUGUUAUAUUUGGGAAGGGCAGGAAUUGGAUUAAAGCUUCUUGCCAGUCAGAAA